AUGCUGCUCGGGGGACCCCCCCGCAGUCCCCGCUCGGGGACGAGCCCCAAGGGGCCCCGGAGCAGUACACGCCACGUGCAGUUCGGCAAAAGCCCCCAGACCUGGCCCAGGCGCACAAGACCCCGCUCUCCUGAGCCUGCCGCGCCUUCAGGGGUUCGGGGCUCCACUUGGCCGAGGCGCCGUGACUCUCCGAGACGCGCCGGGCCGAUAGCGCUGUCCCGCUACGUGGGCCAUCUCUGGAUGGGCCGGCGGCCGCCCUCCCCCGAGGCCCGCGGCCCAGUCCCCCGCAGUUCAGCUGCCAGUCGGGCCAGAAGAAGCCUCGCCUCCCCGGGGACCUCCCUAGGCGCCCCCCUGACCGCAACGACAGGAGGGGCGGUGGCGGGGGGCGGGCCCAUGCAGGGGAGGGCAGAAGCACACAAGGAAGUGUUUCCGGGACAGAGGGCGGGCAAGAUGGCGGCGCCCAUGGAGCUGUUCUGCUGGUCAGGGGGUUGGGGGCUGCCGUCAGUGGACCUGGACAGCCUGGCCGUGCUGACCUAUGCCAGAUUUACUGGUGCUCCACUGAAGGUGCACAAGAUCAGCAACCCCUGGCGGAGCCCUUCAGGAACGCUGCCUGCCCUUCGGACCAGUCAUGGAGAGGUCAUCUCAGUUCCACACAAGAUCAUCACCCACCUUCGAAAAGAGAAGUACAAUGCUGAUUAUGAUCUGUCAGCUCGGCAAGGGGCAGACACCCUGGCCUUCAUGUCUCUCCUGGAGGAGAAAUUGCUCCCGGUGCUGGUACAUACUUUUUGGAUAGACACCAAGAACUAUGUGGAAGUGACCCGGAAGUGGUAUGCAGAGGCUAUGCCCUUUCCCCUCAACUUCUUCCUGCCUGGCCGCAUGCAGCGACAGUACAUGGAACGGCUACAGCUGCUGACUGGGGAGCACAGGCCUGAGGACGAGGAAGAGCUGGAGAAGGAGCUGUACCGAGAGGCUCGGGAAUGUCUGACCCUGCUCUCUCAGCGCCUGGGCUCUCAAAAGUUCUUCUUUGGAGAUGCCCCUGCCUCCUUGGACGCUUUCGUCUUUAGCUACUUGGCCCUGCUGCUGCAGGCAAAGCUGCCCAGUGGGAAGCUGCAGGUCCACCUGGGGGGGCUGCACAACCUCUGUGCCUAUUGUACCAACAUUCUCAGUCUCUACUUCCCCUGGGAUGGAGGUAAGGGGCAGAUGGGAGGGGCAGCCCUGGGGAGAGUGGGCAGGGAUCCAAGAACUAGUUCUCCUAACACACCUUCCUUCCUUGACCCUCAGCUGAGGUACCACCACAACGCCAGACACCAGCAGGCCCAGAGACUGAGGAGGAGCCAUACCGGCGCCGGAACCAGAUCCUAUCUGUGCUGGCAGGACUGGCAGCCAUGGUGGGCUACGCCUUGCUCAGCGGCAUUGUCUCCAUCCAGCGGGCAACGCCUGCUCGGGCCCCAGGCACCCGGACCCGGGGCAUGGCUGAGGAGGAUGAAGAGGAAUGAUUUGUCCUCACACUCCCAAGACUGGUUUUUCUACUCUCGUGCAUUCCAGAGGCCCCCAUGCCUCCUCCUUGUUGGUACAGCUGGACACGGGGUGCUGCCCACCAGAAUAAAGCCACUCACACUGACUGGGUUCAAACAUUUUCUCCUUUAAGAGCUGCCAUUUUUCCUGGCUGGUGCCACAGGAACCAUCUGGGUGCCUGGGCACACCCACUGCUGCUUUAAGGCUUCCGCCCUGAUGCUGACAGUGCUGCUCCACGGGCUCAGUUCUGCAUCUCCAGGAAAGACAAACAGUCCCCAGUUUUGGGCCCA